AUGGAUUUCGUUCGUAAGGCCGAAGAGGCCUUGACUGGCAAGAACAAGGAGUCCAAGGAGUCGACUCAGUCCUCCAACCAUGGCCCUCACUCGUCCAACCUGGCCAACAAGCUUGACCCCCGUGUUGACAGUGACCGCGACAACCGCGCUGACCACACUGGUGUCCACCACACUGGUGCUACUGGAACUACUGGAACUACUGGAACCACGGGCACUACCGGUGCUACCACUGGUGCUACCACUGAUACUACCACAGGAAACACUGGCACUGUCCACAAGUCCAGCAUUGCCAACAAGCUCGACCCCCGCGUUGACGCUGAUGCCGCCAACCGUGCCAAUGUUACUUCCACUGGCACCACUGGCACUCACGGUGCGGGUACUACCCACGGUACCCACAACACUGCCGGUACUACUGGUCUGACCGGUACUGGUACUCACGGCACCCACGCCUACGGCAGCACCAACGCUGGCCCUCAUGACUCUAACGUCGCCAACAAGGUUGACCCCCGCGUCGACUCUGACCGCGACAACCGUGCUAAGCAUGAUACCUUUGGCACUACUGGUGCCACUCACGGUACUUCUGGCCGGACUGGUUCUCACGGUACUGGUGCUACUCAUGGUACCUCUGGCUUGACCGGUACUCAUGGUACUGGUGCUACUCACGGUACCUCUGGCUUAACUGGUACCCACGGUACCCACGGCACCACUGGAACUACUGGUACCGCUGGCGUGGCUGGCACCCACGCUGCCACUGGCACUUCCCACACCGGCAGCACCAAUGUCGGCCCUCACGAUUCCAAGAUCACCAACAAGCUCGACCCCCGUGUUGACUCUGACCGUGACAACCGCGCCAAGCAUGAUACUUUCGGCACCACUGGCACCACUGGUGCUACCGGUACCUCUGGCCUGACUGGCUCCCACGGCACUACUGGCCUGACCGGUACUGGUACUCACGGUACUCUCGGUACCCAUGCUACCCACGGCAGCACCAAUGUCGGUCCCCACGACUCCAACGUCGCCAACAAGGCCGAUCCCCGCAUCGACUCUGACCUCGACAACCGUGCCUUGCACCACGGCCACACUCACGGCGCUGGCUCUGCUGGUUUCGAACCUGAGAUGCAUGGUGCUGCUACCCGCACUGCUGGAACUACCACUGGCACUGGCAUGACGGGCUCCGGUCUUGAUACUCGGACUUCGGGUGCCCCUGCCGGUAGCUCUUACACCUCUGGUAAUACUGGCCAUCUUGGUUCCACUGGCACCGCUGCUACUACCGGCACUGGCAUGACUGGCACCGGUCUUGAUACUCCUCGUACUGUGGGUGCCCCUGCCGGUAGCUCUUACACCUCUGGUAAUACUGGUCAUCUUGGUUCCACUGGUACCACUGCUACUACCGGCGCUACUACUGGACCUCACGACUCCAAGAUCGCCAACAAGCUUGAUCCCCGUGUUGACUCUGAUGCCAGCCGUGUUGAGUCUGCUGGACUCCAGCGCCAGCUCUAG